AUGGAGACUCAGCUCGCCUCACAAACGACUGAGCUCACUUUGCUGGACGUGUACUUCUCACAGUUCAUUCCCUCCAGUAUCAUUCACCAACAAGGGCGCACCAGACGCCUCUAUUUGCACGGCCAGUUAUGCACCGGUGUUUUGCAUGCCAUGUUCGCCUUGGCUUCCUUAUUCCUGGGCCGCGCACAGACGCCUAGUAAGUGGCGUCGACUCGAUGACAUGGCAAGCAUCUCGCAUAUCGCUCGUCAUCACGGCCAAGACUGGGCGAAUAAUGCCAGUCACAUCGUGUCCCUCCAAUUGCAUGCGCCUUCUGUCGAUACUGUUCGAACCCUCUCCAAUCUCACUACUUAUUGGUUUGGCGUUGGCCAGAGGGAGAGGUCUCAGGCGACUGCAAGUAAGUCCAUCACGGUUUCGGGCAAUUUCCAUAUGACCGUUUAG